AGUAACGGCAGGUACAAGAGCGUGUGGCACCGCGCGGUGGUGAACGCCGACAGGCCGAGGAUGUCGGUGGCGUCGUUCCUGUGCCCGUGCAACGACGUGCUCAUCGGCCCCGCCGCCAAGCUCGUCGGCGACGGCUCGCCGGCAGUCUACAGAGACUACACCUACGCCGAGUACUACAGCAAGUUCUGGAGCAGGAACCUGGACCAGGAGCACUGCCUGGAGCUCUUCAGAGCCUAGCAGCCACAGAGAUGGAUGUUUCCAUCGGAAAGAAGAAGAAAAAAAGACUACUGCUAGAACAGUUGUUAGUUUUUACUAGCAACUAGCAAGCAUCUGGUUUUUGGCCAUAGUUUGCAUUGUCAGGGACCUCUUUUCAUCAUCGCAGAAACUGGCUCCAACUCCAAGCCUCGUCAUUUGGGAUGGCCCAUUGGGCUCUCCUAGGUCCAAAAUGAACAUCCGAUGGAAACAGGCCCAUCUAAGCCGUUCGUCCAGCGAGAGAGGUCCGUGUGUGGACCAGAAACGAAGCGAAAUCCUCCUCCUACUCCUACUCGGCGCCGCAGGCUUUCUCUCGCUCGCUUCCCCCGCAUCCCGUCCGGCCAUCAUCAUCCUCGUCGACGCCCCCCAUGGCCACGGCCGUCUCCCUCCCGCUCCCUCGCCGCGCAUCCUCCUCCGCUCCCGUGGCCGCCGCCCGCCGCCCCGGGUCCCCGUCGCUGCGCAGGCGGCGGCAUUGCGCCGUCGUCACGCCCGUCGCCGCAGCCUGCAGACCUGACGCAGACGAGGAAGGCUCCGGGCCCGGGCGGCGGCAGGUGCUCGUGGCGGGUGCUGCCGCGGCCGCCGCGUUUGUUUCCCGUCCCAAUCCGGCGGCAUUCGCAGCAGAGUCUAAGAAAGGGUUCCUGCCUGUCGUCGACAAGAAGGCUGGUUACUCCUUCCUCUACCCGUUCGGCUGGCAGGAAGUGGCAGUGCAAGGCCAAGAUAAGGUGUACAAAGAUGUCAUAGAACCUCUGGAGAGUGUGAGCGUCAACUCUAUUCCCACGAGCAAGGAGGACAUCCGUGACCUUGGUCCUCCGGAUAAGGUUGCUGAGGCCUUGAUAAAGAAGGUCCUAGCGCCACCAACGCAGAAGACGAAGUUAAUCGAGGCAAAAGAGAAUGAUGUUGAUGGGAGAGCUUACUAUACUUUUGAGUUCACAGCUCAGGCUCCAAACUACACCAGACAUGCACUUGGUGCCAUCGUAAUUGCAAAUGGCAAAUUUUACACAUUGACUACUGGAGCAAAUGAGAGAAGAUGGGAAAAGAUGAAGGAUAGGCUGCACACAGUUGUCGAUUCCUUCAAAAUUGAAAAUAGAAUAUGAGGAAUGUCUGGGUUCUUGUGCUGAUUUUUCUUUUUUGUAUUGUUCUCUUUUGGAGCUGCAAUGGUGAGAUCUAAAUAGUAAAUGUCGGGAAUGUGAAUUGCACUGAUCAGUUUUUAUUUUUGAAUGUUUUGUUCUUGAAACACUUGUUUGUACUUGGCAUGUAUAUGUUUUCACUUUCUGUACUGUGAUCAUGGGAAUAAGGACUUAAGGAGAUCCAUACAGUUAUGUAAAUGUAUUGAAAAUAAGCAAUAGAAUUCACCCACAGCAGAUUCUAUUAGUGCUUAA